AUGGCCAAUCCUCUGUAUCAAAAAGUGGCCGUCAAAAGAAGAGUCCACAGAGCAUUGGAUAUUACCAUCUUCUCCCUCCUGGUUUUGCUCCUUACCUAUCGUCUCUUCUUCCUCCACACCCAUGGCUUCUCUUGCCUCCAAGCCACUGCCUUCCUCUCCGAGUCCUGGUUCACUUUCACCUGGCUCCUCCUCGUCGCCACCCGUUGGAACUUCUUCAACUACAAGACCUACCCCGACCGCCUCCUCAAAAGAGUGGAGGAGCUUCCUCCGAUAGACAUAUUUGUGACAACGGCGGAUGCAGUGCUAGAGCCACCGAUAAUCACCGUCAACACGGUGCUAUCUUUGUUGGCAGUUGAUUAUCCCGCCGACAAAUUGACUUGUUACGUCUCCGAUGACGGCGGUUCCCCGGUCAUCUUCUACGCCCUCUCUGAAGCUUUGAAUUUCGCAAAGAUUUGGGUUUCUUUUUGCAAGAAGUACCAUGUUCAAGUUAGAGCUCCAUUUCGAUACUUUUAUAAUAACAAAGACGAUUAUUUAGUCGCCGGAGACUCGCCGGAGUUCCGCCAUGAGUGGACGAAAAUGAAGGACGAAUACGAGAAGCUCGGUCAGAGAAUUGAGAAAGCUGCCCUGCGUGACCUGACCGGAGACCUGCCCCACUUUUCCAAUAUAACAUCCAAUAACCACCCUCCAAUUAUUAAGGUAAUAUGGGAGAAUAAGGAGGCACGUAUCGAUGGAUUACCUCAUUUAAUUUACGUGUCGAGAGAAAAGAAACCCAAACAUCAACAUCAUUAUAAGGCUGGAGCUAUGAACGUUUUGACAAGGGUAUCUGGAUUGAUGACGAAUGCUCCUUAUAUAUUAAACGUGGAUUGUGAUAUGUUUGUGAAUAAUCCCGAAAUUCUGUUACAUGGAAUGUGUCUUCUUCGAGACGCAAUAAUUGACAAAGAAUAUGCUUUUGUUCAAUUUCCUCAAAACUUCUACGAUGGACUUAAGGACGAUCCGUAUGGAAACCAAUUUCAUGUUUUGAUGGAGUUUAUUAUGGGUGGAACGAACGGACUUCAGGGACCGUGUUACAUGGGGACGGGAUGUAUUCAUCGACGAAAAAUUUUAUAUGGUCAACCUCCCGAUGGUGGAAGUAAUUUUGAGGUUGAGUUAGACAAGAGGUUUGGAAAAUCAGAGAAAUUGAAGAUCUCGGCCGUUGAUGCUUUGAGAAGGAUUGCACAUAAUCCAAGCCGUCCAUUAUUGUCGGAGUCCCACUCCAUAGAAGCAUUAAAGGAAGUUGCUAGUUGUGAUUAUGAAUACCAUUCUUCUUGGGGUGCACAAGUGGGUUGGCUGUAUGGAAGUGCAGUAGAGGACUUGUUAACUGGACUGAAAAUACACCAAAAGGGAUGGAAAUCGGCUCUUGUUGUACCGAAGCCAAAGGCCUUUUUAGGGUGUGCCCCAUCAGGAGGGCCAACCUCUUUAACGCAGCAAAAGAGAUGGGUUACAGGCCAACUUGAAGUUUUGUUCAGCACAAAAAGCCCCAUUUUUGCUCUUAUCUUUGGCAACCUCCAACUUAGGCAGUGCAUGUUCUAUCUUUGGCUAUCACUUUGGGGCAUACGCUCCGUUCCCGAGCUUCUCUAUACUCUUCUUCCCGCUUAUUGUCUCAUCUCUGACUCUCGUUUCUUACCCAAUGUACGAGAAUCAGCCGCAUGCAUCCCCCUUUUACUCUUUGUGGUCUACAACGUGCAACAACUACUACAAUACAUGGAGGCUGGGCAAUCGUUUAGGGCUUGGUGGAACAACCAAAAGAUGGGAAGAGUAAACACAAUGUGCUCGUACUUAUUUGGAGUUAUAGGCAUAGUGUUUAAGCUUUUAGGUUUAUCAGAAACAACAUUUGAGGUAACAAAGAAGGGAUCGUCUACUUCGAACGAUGAAGAUGAAGUAAAAGAAGAUUUGGGUCGAUUCACAUUCAAUGAGUCGCCGUUGUUCAUACCAGCCACCACAAUUAUGAUGAUACAACUGAUAGCGCUUUCAAUCGGUUUGUCGAGAUCAAUGAAGGCAGGAAGCCAUGUUAUUACCGAAUUACCUAUAGGGGAGAUGAUAUGCAGUGCGUGGUUGAUUUUGUGCUUUUGGCCAUUCUUGAAGGGAAUGUUUGCAAAGGGAAGAUUUGGAAUUCCAUGGCCAACCUUGUGCAAGUCUAGUGCUUUAACACUCUUGUUUGUGUUCUUCGCGUUAACAAAUAACGAACAAGUGAGAGUUUAA